CGGCGGGCGCGGGCGGCGGCGGGGCCGCGGCCGGCUGAGGAGGUGGUGGUGGUGGAGGAGCGCCGCGGGCGGCGGUCCCGGCGGGACCCGCGCCCUCCCGCACGAUGUCAGCGCCGGGCAAGUUCAAGAAGGACAAAGAGAUCAUCGCCGACUACGAGGCGCAGGUCAAAGAGAUCCGAACGCAGCUGGUGGAGCAGUUCAAAUGCCUGGAGCAGCAGUCGGAGUCGCGCCUGCAGCUGCUGCAGGACCUGCAGGAGUUCUUCCGCAGGAAGGCCGAGAUCGAGCUGGAGUACUCCCGGAGCCUGGAGAAGCUGGCUGAGCGCUUCUCCUCCAAGAUCCGCAGUUCCAGGGAGCACCAGUUCAAGAAAGAUCAGCACCUCCUUUCCCCUGUGAACUGCUGGUACCUGGUCCUGACGCAGACUCGGCGGGAGAGCCGAGACCACGCCACCCUGAAUGACAUUUUCAUGAACAACGUCAUCGUGCGGCUGUCGCAGAUCAGCGAGGAUGUCAUCAGGCUCUUCAAAAAGAGUAAGGAGAUUGGCCUGCAGAUGCACGAGGAGCUCCUGAAGGUGACCAACGAGCUGUACACGGUGAUGAAGACCUACCACAUGUACCACGCAGAGAGCAUCAGCGCCGAGAGCAAGCUGAAGGAGGCAGAGAAGCAGGAGGAAAAGCAGUUCAACAAGUCAGGGGACAUCAGCGUGAACCUGCUGCGGCACGAGGACCGGCCCCAGCGGCGCAGCUCUGUCAAGAAGAUUGAGAAGAUGAAAGAGAAGAGACAAGCCAAGUACUCUGAAAACAAGCUGAAGUGCACUAAAGCCAGGAAUGACUACCUGCUGAACCUGGCGGCCACCAACGCGGCCGUCAGCAAGUACUACAUCCACGACGUGUCUGACCUCAUCGACUGCUGUGAUUUGGGAUUCCACGCCAGCCUCGCUCGGACCUUCAGGACGUACCUGUCUGCCGAGUACAACCUGGAAACCUCCCGCCACGAGGGCCUGGACAUCAUUGAGAACGCCGUGGACAACCUGGACGCCCGGAGCGACAAGCACACCAUCAUGGACAUGUGCAACCAGGUCUUCUGCCCGCCACUCAAGUUCGAGUUCCAGCCACACAUGGGGGACGAGGUGUGUCAGGUGAGCGCCCAGCAGCCUGUGCAGACUGAGCUGCUGAUGAGGUACCACCAGCUGCAGUCACGACUGGCCACCCUCAAGAUAGAGAACGAAGAGGUACGGAAAACGCUGGAUGCCACAAUGCAGACCUUGCAGGACAUGCUGACAGUGGAAGAUUUUGAUGUUUCAGAUGCCUUCCAGCACAGCCGCUCCACUGAGUCGGUCAAAUCCGCUGCAUCGGAGACCUACAUGAGCAAAAUCAACAUCGCCAAGAGGAGAGCUAACCAGCAGGAGACUGAAAUGUUCUAUUUCUCAAAAUUUAAGGAGUAUCUGAAUGGCAGUAACCUCAUCACAAAGCUCCAGGCUAAACAUGACCUGCUGAAGCAGACUCUGGGAGAAGGUGAAAGAGCUGAGUGCGGAACAACCAGGCCCCCAUGUCUUCCCCCUAAGCCACAGAAAAUGAGGAGACCUAGGCCUCUCUCAGUGUAUAAUCAUAAACUCUUUAACGGCAAUAUGGAAACGUUCAUUAAGGAUUCGGGACAGGCCAUUCCACUUGUUGUAGAAAGCUGCAUCCGCUACAUCAAUCUGUACGGCCUCCAACAGCAGGGCAUCUUCAGAGUCCCUGGCUCCCAGGUAGAAGUCAACGACAUCAAGAACUCGUUUGAGAGAGGUGAAGAUCCCCUCGCUGAUGACCAGAAUGAGCGGGACAUUAACUCAGUGGCUGGAGUCUUGAAGCUGUAUUUCCGAGGACUGGAAAACCCCCUCUUUCCUAAGGAAAGGUUUCAAGAUUUGAUAUCUACCAUAAAAAUGGAGAACCCCGCUGAGAGAGUGCACCAGAUCCAGCAGAUUGUCGUCACUCUGCCUCGGGCUGUCAUCGUGGUCAUGAGAUAUCUCUUUGCUUUCCUCAACCACUUGUCACAGUACAGCGAUGAGAACAUGAUGGAUCCCUACAACCUGGCCAUCUGCUUCGGGCCCACGCUGAUGCACAUUCCCGACGGGCAGGAUCCGGUGUCUUGCCAGGCCCACGUCAAUGAGGUCAUCAAAACCAUCAUCAUUCACCACGAGGGGAUCUUCCCCAGCCACCGAGAGCUGGAAGGGCCCGUCUACGAGAAGUGCAUGACUGGAGGAGAGGAGUACUGUGACAGCCCGCACAGCGAGCCGGGCACCAUCGACGAGGCGGACCACGACAACGGGACGGAGCCACACACCAGUGACGAUGAGGUGGAGCAGAUUGAAGCUAUAGCCAAGUUUGACUACAUCGGGCGAUCUCCACGGGAGCUCUCCUUCAAGAAAGGGGCCUCACUCCUGCUCUACCAUCGGGCAUCAGAAGACUGGUGGGAAGGGAGACACAACGGGGUGGAUGGGCUCAUCCCCCACCAGUACAUUGUGGUGCAAGACAUGGAUGAUGCGUUCUCUGACAGCCUGAGCCAGAAAGCAGACAGCGAGGCGAGCAGUGGGCCACUGCUUGAUGAUAAAGCCUCCUCCAAGAACGACAUCCAGUCCCCAACGGAUCACAUCAUGGACUAUGGCUUCGGGGGAGUGAUGGGCAGGGUGAGGUUGAGGUCUGACGGUGCAGCCAUCCCUCGGCGCCGCAGCGGGGGCGACACCCACAGCCCACCCCGAGGGAUGGGGCCCGGCAUAGACACCCCUCCUCGAGCAGCAGCCUGCCCCAGCAGCCCCCACAAGAUCCCCCUCAACAGGGGCAGGAUCGACAGUCCCGAGAAGCGCAGGAUGGCCACGUUUGGCAGCGCGGGCAGCAUCAAUUUCCCAGACAGGAAGGCCCUGGCUGAUGGCCACCCCCUGAGAUCGACCGGGUCCACUCGGCACAGCAGCCUCGGAGAUCAGAAAUCUCUGGAAGCAGAAGCUCUUGCUGAGGACAUCGAGAAGACCAUGAGCACGGCGCUGAACGAGCUGCGGGAGCUGGAGAGGCAGAACACGGCCAAGCAGGCCCCCGACGUGGUCCUGGACACGCUGGAGCCCAUGAAGAACCCCCCGAUGGGCGCCCCCAACUCGGAGCCGGCCAGCCCCCUGCACACCAUCCUGAUCCGGGACCCCGACGCGGCCAUGCGGCGCAGCAGCAGCUCCACCACGGAGAUGAUGACCACCUUCAAGCCGGCGCUGUCGGCCCGGCUGGCCGGGGCGCAGCUGCGGCCGCCGCCCAUGCGGCCGGUGCGGCCCGUGGUGCAGCACCGCUCCAGCAGCAGCAGCAGCUCGGGGGUGGGCAGCCCUGCCGUCACCCCCACCGAGAAGCUCUUCCCCAGCAGCUCGGCAGAUAAAUCGGGCACCAUGUAGGCUGGGGCGCGGGGACCACGGCGGGAGAGCCGCGGCCCGGGUGGCGGGAGCGGGGCCGGACAUGGCAAAGCCUCGCUGGGCCGAGCUGGGGUCAGAGCCCUGCUGGGGGGAGCCUCUCCAAAAGGGAACACGUGCAUAGCCUGGGCCUGGUGCUGUACAUACGUGUGUGUGUGUGUGUAUGUACAUAUGUGUGCACACACCCUAUCCAUGCAGAAACACUUCCCGAGCUUGCAGUCCAAUAGCAGGAGGAGACAGCAGGUCUGCGUGUCAGCACUGGAGAACACAUGCUCUCUGUAGGAGUAUAUUAAAAACAAAAUGUACAGAAUUCAGUGACUUUUUAAAACAGUAGAUUUACCUCAGAAACUGGCUCUGAAAUGUCCUCUCUGGAGACGGUGGGUUGGGCUGGGUUUCCCGGACUCUGUGCGUGGGUGGAGGCCCACACCGCAGCAGCCAUGCGUCGAGCAAUACAAGGCCAUCCUGGAAUUUAGUUUCUACACCUCUUGACAUUUAAAAAAAAAGGGAUGGGGAUACAGUGGGGUCUGUUCACUGCUGGGUUGUAGAGAAGAGCUGGAAAUCCAUAAAUGAUGGUGUGUGUCCAGCCAGCUGGAGUCUGUUCGGUCCUGAAUCCUGAGACGUCUUUGUGUGCCUGUGAUGCCCCGGGCAGCAGGGACAGAGUGAGCUGUGUGCCGUGAGUGGGGACAGAGUGAGGUGUGCACCAUCACCUUCACACAGGAGGAGGAUGCUGUGCUGCACUGGGGCCAUGGAAUGCUGCUUUUCUGGAAGGUUUCAGAAUGAACAAGGACUAGUGACAAACCUGUGGUAAAGUGUGGACUGACUUACACAGUUUGGAGAUACUUCAUCUCCCUUUCCCCACACACUUUUUUUUUUUUUUAAUUAAUAAGAAGACAACCCAAUUGUCUCUCGACAGUUGGGCAUAAUCAGUGAGGAGGCUUUGGCACCACCACGUUCCUCGGUGUGAAGCUGCCCAACGGCACAGGGGGGUCUCGGUUCAGAGUGCGUGAUCCUGCAUGAGAAGCAUGAGCCAUAUUUGAUCGUGUCAGAUGCAGAACCAAUCUGAUGGGUGAUACUUUGCACUUUCUGUACUGUACCAUAUAAUACAACUGUUUGAGUUAUGCAAAGGAAUCUACAUUUUGUUUUACCCAGAGAAAAAAAUAUGCAGAAAGCUGGGGAUUGCAUGGUCCUGUCUGAUAAUCCAGGCUCUGCUCUAAGCGCUGAAUCCAAGACGCUCUGUGCUUCUCCUGCAGCUUUUCCUUGUACAGAUUUCCAUGCAAUGCCCCACGGUUUGAUUUGGCACUUCCCCAUGGUCAUGUACUAAUGGCUCCUUAACGUUCAUCCUUCCUCCCCGCUCUCUCUGACCCUGCUGCUUUGUCUGUGCCUGGGCAAAGAUGCCCGCAAACCCUCCUGCCUCAGCCAGCAGCCCCCUGCCCCUGCCCGGGCCUUUGCUUUGUCCCCCCUUCAUCUUCCUCACCGCUCCAGCACCACUGCAGACCCCCAGCUCUGCAGGAGGAGCAGCUUGGCUUCCAGAAGGCGGUGGAGGCACCGGUCAGGGCAGUGGAGCACAGUGGUCCUGCCAGGGCUCCUGUCUCAGCCUGGGAGCUCACCCUCACGUGAGGCCGCCUGCACCUCCCUCUGUGCCCCUCUGCACCUGCUCCUGCUCCAUGCCUGCACUUCCACAUCCGUACCUCCACCCCUGAACCUCCGUGUCUGCCC